CAGGCCCGAGUAGUUCCUCCAUGGAGCCUGCCCAGAGCGGCCCCUGCUCACCGGAUUAGCCCCCAGUCCUGUGCGGCUGCUGAGAGCGCUCCUUGCUCUGUGAAGUGGAUGUCAGGUGGAUCUAUGUUUUUGAAGGAACAAAGACUCAGCGAAGGCAACGUGGAGGAAGUUUGAGACGCGGGAGGAUGCAGGCUGCGUGCUGGUACGUGCUUCUCCUCCUGCAGCCCACCGUCUACUUGGUCACGUGUGCCAAUUUAACAAAUGGUGGAAAGUCAGAACUUCUAAAAUCGGGAAGCAGCAAAUCCACACUAAAGCACAUAUGGACAGAAAGCAGCAAAGACUUGUCUAUCAGCCGCCUCCUGUCACAGACUUUUCGUGGCAAAGAAAACGAUACAGAUUUAGACCUGCGAUAUGACACCCCAGAACCUUAUUCUGAGCAAGACCUCUGGGACUGGCUGAGGAACUCCACGGACCUUCAAGAGCCUCGGCCCAGGGCCAAGCGAAGGCCCAUUGUUAAGACGGGCAAGUUUAAGAAAAUGUUUGGAUGGGGUGACUUUCAUUCCAACAUCAAAACAGUGAAGCUAAACCUGUUGAUAACUGGGAAAAUUGUAGAUCAUGGCAAUGGGACAUUUAGUGUUUACUUCAGGCAUAAUUCCACGGGUCAAGGGAAUGUAUCUGUCAGCUUGGUGCCCCCGACAAAAAUAGUGGAAUUCGACUUGGCACAACAAACCGUGAUUGAUGCCAAAGAUUCCAAGUCCUUUAACUGUCGCAUCGAAUAUGAAAAGGUUGACAAGGCCACCAAGAACACACUCUGCAACUAUGACCCUUCAAAAACCUGUUACCAGGAGCAGACCCAAAGUCAUGUAUCCUGGCUCUGCUCCAAGCCCUUCAAGGUGAUCUGUAUUUACAUUUCCUUUUAUAGUACAGAUUAUAAACUGGUACAGAAAGUGUGCCCCGACUACAACUAUCACAGCGACACACCUUACUUCCCCUCGGGAUGAGGGUGAUCGUGAGGUGGAUCGAGACUGAAGCCUGAGGAGUUAAAGGUCAUAUGACAGGGCUGUCACCUCAGAGAAGAAGGUCACAUCUGUUGCCUGGAAUAUGUCUACACUGCUGCUCUUGUCAACUGGCUGCCAAUAUGCUAGUGGAAAACAAUCUGAUGUAAUUUCUGCCCAGUCAGCUUCACCUCUCAGUAUAGUUGUAAAUCACCAUAGGUUUUCAAGCCACACUUGAAGACAUGCUCUCACACGUAGAUGUACACAAACACACACACUGAACACAUUUCAGCUGGCAUCUGUCACGACUCCCGUUCAGAGGGCUUGCAUUGUCUGACUCAUAAUGGUUCAGGAUAAAAUAUCAUCAGGCAAAAGGAUUAACUUGACAGUGGAUGGUUUCUAACACUUGCUGUUGUGGAAAUCCCUUUUAAAGUCUUGAGCACAUGCUAAUCAAUAGUCCCCAUUCAUGCAUACCUAUUGCUUGGAGUAGCUGUACUGGUAAAUACUACUGUAGGAGUAUAUGCUUGUUAAAAUGGAAAAAAUAUGUCUUUAGAGCUCAGUAUUCUUUAUUUUAUGAACAACAACAAAGUGUAGUAACUUUUUUUCCAGCAUACUGUAGGCACAUUCAAGGUGAUACAAGAUGGCUCUUUUUUCUAUGGAGGGAGCCUGUUCUCAGUAAAGAUGAGCCAACAUUUGGAAUUUACAUGUGGGCAGAUACUGGAAUACAGCUUUCAUCACCAACCAUUGGACUUUUUGCAAAGUUGAGACCAGCUAAAGCUGUUAAAACAAGUUCUGAUCAUUCUAUAAGAAAGGAAAUGCCUGACAGACACCAUGUAAGUUAUAAGUGUCUGUCUUAUCUUUACUACACACAAAUAUUGUAAUAAAUUCAAUAUCCUAGUCUUCAUUUGUAUGAAUGGUUUGUAUUGUACAUAGUUUAAUCAAGUGUUAUUUGAGCUGCUUAUUAAUAUUAACUUGUACUUGUCUCUCUGCUUGUUAUUGGUUAAAAAAGAAAAAAAAAAGGAUAUGAGGAAUCCAUUUUAUCAAUGUAGCUGUGAAUUCCAUUAAAAAAGGAAAGUUAAUGUACAAAGCAUUUAUUCAGCUCAAGUAUUGUUGACAGCUAUACACAUAUACCAUUACAGUCUGUCUGUAUUUAGAUAUUUUAUUUCUGGACAAAAUGAAGUGUACAUAAAAAUAAAAUGCUUAAAGUUGAGUUUCAAUAUGUGCUUGUGUAGGAUGAUGAUUUAAGUGGUUCUGACCAAAAGAAUGUAUUGAAACACAUGGUUUUGCAUCAUAUAUCUCUAAACUUGUACAGAACUAUCUAACCUGCUAUUAGUUCCCCAGUCAAAACAACUUAAGAGUUUCCAUCUCACUGCUGGAAAACAAUUGUGGCAUAGGGCAUUGCAUACAUUUUUGCUUUACUGUCAUGUUAAUUAUUCAAGAAUACCAAAAAAUCAAUGAACACAAGGGGAUCAUUGAGAUCUCCUAAAUUAAUUGCAACUGGUUGGGCUUUUUCUUGUACAGAGUUUUUAUUUAGCAGGGGGAUUGAGAGGAAGGUAAUCUUUCUUCUUAAAAAAAAAGUCAAGGUGUCUGAAGACUGUGGCUGAUAUUCUACUGUAAUGACUCAGCUCAAUUGAGAAUAUUACACCAGCAGUAGAAUGCUUUAGUGCUUGAUUUACCUAUACUAAGUGAGGUAAACUUAUCUUUAUAGCAUUGUUUACAGAUAUUAAACAUUUUCUUAAAAAUAAUUACUCUAUACAAUCCCAGCAAAAUAAAUAGAAGAAGAAAUAUGUAAGGUAACUCAUUUUUAAAGGCACAAAUUGGGGAUUGGGAUAUGAAGAGUUUAAAAGGUCAACUAAAGAGGCUGAAUAAAGAACAGUUACCCCUUCUCAUUUCCCUUUCAUGCUGCAUAGAAAGAAAGAAAUGUGUUUUCAUGUAGAAAAUAACAGAAGGUACUACAGGGAACCCCUAACCACAAGAGUUCUAAAGUAAGAGCUCAGUAAUUGAUUUAACUAAUGAGAAGCUUCAACAGCAAAUUAAAGAUACACCAUCCUGUUAAAUGUCCAUCUCUCAAAAUUUUCCAAUAUAACUAGACAACCAUUUAUAUCAAGGUAUUAAUUAAUUUGCCAUGGGAUUUAGAAGCUAAUGUUAAAACAGACUGUCUGGAUUGCCAGGCAAUACGAGCUUCAUGAGUUCUAGCUGCUGGACAUACUUUCCAUGGCUAAAUCUUGUUAUUCUGGGGUUUAUUUAUCAAAGUGAUAACUUAGGAGUUAGUUCUCUCUUAAUAAAAAGGGGAAUAAGUGAGAAGGGAAAGAUAAUGUUUUCUAGGAUCAUUUGCUUGGUGGACCAUGACUUUCACCAUGUGACCUAAUCUGUCCUUUUGCUAUCCACAAUUCAAGAUGACAUGAAAAUAUGCUUCAACUCUGCUUGGCUGCCCUGCUCUUAGGCCUCCUGAUGAAAUGUUUAUUUUAAAAUUUUGUAAUCAUUCAGAACAUAGAUAACUAACAUUCAAUGAACUGAAUCAGUUUUCUGUAGUUUUUCUUUAGAAGAAAAAUAAAAGAAAAAGAAAAACAUAGCAAACUUCCUUCUAACAAUGUUUUCCAUUUUUAAAAUUUCAAACUUCCAGAACUUUUUUUUCCCUGGACCUGUACACACUUCUCCUAAACUCAUACUUCAUCAACACCUCCAUUUGUAAUAUAGAAAGGUCAUAAUACAGAACUUUGAUUCAAAAGACAAGCUAUUUGUAUCAGUAUACUCUUCCUGUUUUAGACAAGGAAGUGGGUGAAGGAAGAUGAUGAAUAUGAAGUUUCAAAGGUUCAAAUAAAAACUUUAUCAGGGCAACUUGUUGCUUCAACAAAGUACUGUAAAGUUUUAGUUAUGCCAGAAAAUCAUUUGUUGUUUGGAAAAAGUCAACUUUAAGCUGCACUAAGGAAACCAUUUUCUUUAGUCUCAAAUAUUAUUUCACAGCUUAGCUAAGAUACAGAAAAAAACUUCAAGUUGGAAAUAGAUGACACCUGAUGUGAACAUGGGCUUGUUAUUAUCUAUUCGUUUCAGAAACAUUUUAGUAAGAGUGAAGUUAUGAAGACAUGAUUAUCACAGCUUUUUACCUCAUGGAAGAAAAAUUAUACAAGUUAUUGAUUUACCUAGUGAUGAUAAAAACAAUGAAUUGUCAUUGUAUCGUUAUAAUUGGGCAUUUUAGGGGAUCUAUGGCUUUUGUGAGAAUUUUUCUGCAUGAGUAAAAGGGAUAUAAACUGUUAACAGUUCAGUCCUGAAGUUCUGGGUGUUACUAUUUGCAAGUAAUUGAUACACUUGUUAUAUUUGAAACUGUGGACUGGGAAUCUUCAGGUUCCUACAUUUCAGCAAUAAACUGUAAGCCAUAUUUUUGCACAGGAUAGAUUAAAAAAAGUCAUGAGAAGCCUGAGAAAGUGUUUGUCUUUUCCCUUGAACCCACGGUUUUACAUGUAAGAACAGCUUCACCAAUGAGAACAGCUCUUUGGAAAAGGAAUUUGUGUCUCCACCAUCAACUUUGAAUGCCAAGUUUUAGCCUGAAGCAAAUUCCAAUGGCUGUGUUUAUAAAGCUUUGGAAGACUUGAUUGUUGUACCACUUUCUGACAUUUAUUGAUAUCUAUUCAAUUAUCAAUCUAUUGUAUAUUUAUCUUUUCAUUUUAUUUAAAUAGAAUGCAAAUCAGUUGAUGCAUUCAAAAAUUUAAAAUUUAAAAGCAUUUAUUUCCAUAAAAAUAAUUACUCUUUAUCUAAUUUGUAGAUGACAGAAACUGAGAACCUUAAUACCCAGAACUGAAUCCUGAAAAACUGCUUGUUCAAACUUUUCUCAGGAGUCCCAUGCAUAUAAAAAAGUGAUUUCAGGGGUUGGGAACAUGAGGAAAACAAUUUUUCUUAAUAAAAAUUUACAGUGUAUCACUUGCUAGUUUAUAUCUGAUUCUAUCAGAAAUAUUUUUAAGUAAAUUUAUAAUUAUUUCUCUUUUUACUAGGAUGGCAAAGAACAGAAAUCUCAUGAGAGAGUUUCAGUUUCAAUUUGUUUGUGUGAGGAAGGUCUAGAGAAACAGCCUACAAUUAGGAGAGACUACUUUUGCCAAGCAACUGACCAAGUGUUCCACAUUUGAUUAAAAACAUUUUAAUGUUUAUAGUUCUGCAUUUGCAGGAAGAUGCCUUUUAUCACUGAUGGAUUGGAAGAUGACUUCAAAGGUCCCAGAAGUGAUGGGUGCAAAAAAUGUACAGACCUUCUGUCAGUGGCUAUAGUGGCUGUUGCCAUUGCAGUUGCUAGUGGAGGUAUCAGGUGUUGGUUCCCAAAUUCCAACCAGUGAAUUAGACACACAGCUAAAGGUCUGUUCACAUCAUACACCUGGCAGGUGCGGGCUCUUCAGUUCCUAAUUCUAUGUCAGGCCUCCAAAGAGACAAGGAGGAUGACUGCUCUCUGAUGAUCAAAUUCCUUGACUCACAUAUAGAAGUAAACUGUAUUUGUAUUAAAAGAAAUAAUGUUAGAAUGC